AUGGAGUGCGCCCUUCUGCUCGCGUGCGCCCUCGCCGCCGCGGGUUCCGGUCCUCCGUGGGGCCCGGCGGGGCUGGGGCGCUUGGCCAAGGCGCUCCAGCUGUGCUGCCUCGGCUGUGUGUGGCUCACCGCAGCUUUAGCCAGUGACAGCAGCGGCGGCGGCGGCGGCGGCGGCGGCUUAAACGACGGUUACGUCUUUGUCACACCCGUAGAAGUGGACUCGGGCGGCUCGUAUAUCUCACACGACAUUUUGCACAGCGGCAGGAGAAAGCGAUCGGCACAGGGUGCCAGGAGCUCCCUGCACUACCGAUUUUCAGCAUUUGGACAGGAACUCCACUUGGAACUUGAGCCCUCGGCAAUUUUGAGCAGUCACUUUAUUGUCCAGGUACUUGGAAGAGAUGGUGCUUCGGAGACUCGGGAACCUGCAGUGCAGCCAUGUUUCUAUCAGGGAUUCAUCAGAAAUGACAGCUCCUCCUCUGUGGCGGUGUCUACGUGUGCCGGCUUGUCGGGUCUCAUCAGGACGCGACAGAAUGAAUUCCUCAUCUCGCCGUUACCUCAGCUGCUGGCUCAGGAACACAACUACAGCCCCCCAGCAGGCCACCAUCCCCAUGUGCUGUACAAGAGGACAGCGGAGGAGACGGUCCAGCGCUAUCGCGGCCCCCCGGGCUCCAGCUGGAAUCGCCCUGGUCACUCCCCAGGUCACGGUCACGGUCCCCACUCCUCUCAGAGUCAAGAAACACGGCACCACCCUCGAAGGCUGCAAAAGCAGCAUUUUUGUGGACGACGCAAGAAAUACGCCCCCAAGCCUCCCACAGAGGACACCUACCUGAGGUUGGACGAGUACGGGAGCUCCGGGCGACCCAGGCGAUCCGCUGGGAAGUCACAGAAGGGCCUGAAUGUGGAAACCCUGGUGGUAGCAGACAAGAAGAUGGUGGAGAAGCACGGCCGGGGGAACGUCACGACGUACAUUCUGACGGUCAUGAACAUGGUUUCCAGUCUAUUUAAAGAUGGGACCAUUGGAAGUGACAUCAACAUUGUUGUGGUGAGCCUCAUUCUUUUGGAACAAGAACCUGGAGGACUGCUGAUCAACCACCAUGCAGACCAGUCUCUGAACAGCUUUUGUCAGUGGCAGUCCGCACUCAUCGGGAAGAAUGGCAAGAGGCACGACCAUGCCAUCCUCCUCACCGGCUUUGAUAUUUGUUCCUGGAAGAACGAACCGUGUGACACUUUAGGGUUUGCUCCCAUCAGCGGGAUGUGCAGUAAGUACCGAAGUUGUACCAUCAACGAAGACACAGGUCUUGGCCUUGCUUUCACCAUUGCUCACGAAUCGGGGCACAACUUUGGCAUGGUUCACGAUGGAGAAGGCAAUCCAUGCAGGAAGGCAGAAGGCAACAUCAUGUCGCCCACACUGACUGGAAACAAUGGGGUGUUUUCCUGGUCUUCGUGCAGCCGACAGUAUCUGAAGAAAUUCCUUAGCACACCUCAGGCCGGCUGCCUAGUGGAUGAGCCCAAGCAAACAGGACAAUAUAAAUAUCCGGACAAGCUGCCAGGGCAGAUGUACGACGCCGACACGCAGUGUAAGUGGCAGUUUGGAGCCAAAGCCAAGUUGUGCAGUCUUGGUUUUGUGAAGGACAUUUGCAAAUCCCUCUGGUGCCACCGAGUGGGCCACAGGUGUGAGACCAAGUUUAUGCCUGCCGCGGAAGGGACCGUUUGUGGCUUGAGUAUGUGGUGCCGGCAAGGCCAGUGUGUGAAGUUCGGGGAGCUCGGGCCACGGCCCAUCCAUGGCCAGUGGUCGUCCUGGUCCAAGUGGUCCGAAUGUUCUCGGACGUGUGGAGGAGGAGUCAGACUUCAGGAGAGACACUGCAAUAACCCCAAGCCUCAGUACGGUGGCAAGUUCUGCCCAGGUUCUAGCCGUGUUUACCAGCUGUGCAACAUUAACCCUUGUAAUGAAAAUAGCUUGGAUUUUCGAGCUCAGCAGUGUGCAGAAUAUAACAGCAAACCUUUCCGCGGCUGGUUCUACCAGUGGAAACCCUACACGAAAGUGGAAGAGGAAGACCGGUGUAAACUGUACUGCAAGGCUGAGAACUUCGAGUUUUUUUUUGCAAUGUCCAGCAAGGUGAAAGACGGAACUCCUUGCUCCCCGAACAAAAAUGAUGUUUGUAUUGAUGGGAUUUGUGAACCAGUUGGAUGUGAUCAUGAACUUGGCUCUAAAGCAGUUUCAGAUGCAUGUGGUGUCUGCAAAGGUGAUAAUUCGACUUGCAAGUUUUAUAAAGGCCUAUACCUCAACCAGCAUAAAGCAAACGAGUAUUACCCCGUGGUCAUCGUUCCCGCUGGGGCCCGAAGCAUCGAAAUCCAGGAGCUGCAGAUUUCCUCCAGUUACCUUGCCGUUCGAAGCCUCAGUCAUAAGUAUUACCUCACGGGAAGCUGGAGCAUCGACUGGCCCGGAGAGUUCUCCUUCGCGGGGACCACGUUUGAGUAUCAGCGCUCCUUUAACCGACCAGAGCGUCUGUAUGCUCCGGGACCCACAAAUGAGACACUGGUCUUUGAAAUUCUGAUGCAAGGCAAAAACCCAGGGAUAGCUUGGAAGUAUGCACUUCCCAAGACGGUGAAUGGAACGCAGCAAGCCACAAAAAGACACCACCACGCCUGGAGCACCGUGCACUCAGAUUGCUCCGUCUCCUGCGGCGGAGGGUACAUAACUGUAAAAGCCAUUUGCUUACGAGAUCAAAAUACCCAAGUCAAUUCCUCGUUCUGCAAUGCAAAAACCAAGCCAGCAACUGAACCCAAACCUUGCAACGCUUUCUCCUGCCCAGCCUACUGGAUGCCGGGCGAGUGGAGCGUCUGCAGCAAGUCCUGCGCGGGCGGCCAGCAGAGCCGAAAGGUCCAGUGCGUGCAGAAGAAGCCCUUCCAGAAGGAGGAGGCCGUGCUGCAUUCCCUCUGCCCAGUGAGCACACCCACUCAGGUUCAAGUCUGCAACAGCCAGGCCUGCCCUCCCGAGUGGAGCCCCGGGCCCUGGUCCCAGUGCUCCAAGACCUGUGGGCGAGGAAUGAGGAGGCGAGAGCUCGUGUGCAGAAGCUCGGCUGCCGAGACCCUCCCCGAGGCCCUGUGUGCCAGCGCCCCCCGACCAGAAGUGCAGGAGGGCUGCGUGCUAGGACGAUGUCCCAAGAACACCCGGCUGCAGUGGGUCGCCUCUUCGUGGAGCGAGUGCUCUGCGACCUGUGGUGUGGGUGUGAGGAAGCGGCAGCUGACGUGCAGCGAGAAGACCUUGCAGGGAAAACUCCUAACUUUCCCAGAGCGAAGGUGCCGCAAUAUUAAGAAGCCCGCACUGGACCUGGAAGAGAUGUGCAGCCAAAGGCCUUGUCCCUCCCGUCCAGUGUACAACUCAGCGGCUGGAUGGUACUCGUCACCCUGGCAGCAGUGCACGGUGACCUGCGGAGGAGGGGUCCAGACGCGCUCAGUGCACUGUGUGCACCAAGGCCGGCCUUCUGCAAGUUGUCUGCUCCGGCAGAAGCCUCCCGUGCUACGAGCCUGCAACACGAACUUCUGUCCGGCUCCUGAAAAGAAAGAGGAUCCAUCCUGUGUGGAUUUCUUCAGUUGGUGUCACCUGGUGCCCCAGCAUGGCGUCUGCAACCACAAAUUCUACGGCCAGCAGUGCUGCAGGUCGUGCACGAGGAAGAGCUGA